AAAUCUCGGAAAAAAUGGAAAAAAAAAGAACAACUAAUGAGACUGAGCCACUGACUUCCAAGAAAGAUGUCUCAGACUGUAAUGAAGGGGGAGACUGUAAAGAGAACGGACUUGUGGUCAGGAACCCUAAAUCUGCCCUACGGCUAGUGGAGGAUGGCAAUAAAGUCCAUCCCAGCCAGGGAGAUAAAGGAGAGGCGGCUCAGAUCUCGAACGGUUACUCAGGGGUUCAGAGCUCUGUUCCCUGCAAUGGCAUAGGAGAGAUGGAAGAUGCCCCGUGCACUGCCCCAGCAGCCGCCACCACCACCACCACUUCUACCACCUGCGGAGCAGAAGGCCAGCAGCAGCUAAUGGAGCUAGAAGACAGAGAGACCUGGAGUAAAAAAAUUGACUUUCUACUCUCUGUCAUUGGAUAUGCAGUGGAUCUGGGAAAUGUGUGGAGAUUUCCUUAUAUAUGCUAUCAAAACGGAGGAGGAGCAUUCCUCAUUCCUUACACAAUUAUGGCCAUCUUUGGAGGGAUUCCUCUCUUCUAUAUGGAACUAGCUCUAGGACAGUACCACAGGAAUGGGUGUAUCUCAAUCUGGAGAAAAAUAUGUCCUAUAUUCAAAGGAAUUGGCUUUGCCAUCUGUAUAAUAGAUCUUUAUGUAGCCUCCUACUACAACACCAUUAUGGCUUGGGCCUUUUACUACCUCGUAUCCUCCUUCACGGCGGAGCUGCCAUGGACUAGCUGCACAAAUGCUUGGAACACAGGCAACUGCACUAACUACUUCAGCAAGGACAACAUCAGCUGGUCCCUGCACUCCAUCUCUCCCGCAGAAGAAUUUUAUACCCGCCAAGUUCUACAGGUGCACAGGUCCAAUGGGCUGGAUGACCUGGGGGGCAUUAGCUGGCAAUUGACCCUCUGUUUAUUGUUAAUCUUCACCAUUGUAUACUUCAGCAUCUGGAAAGGGGUCAAAACAUCUGGCAAGGUGGUAUGGGUGACUGCCACAUUCCCUUACAUCAUACUCUUCAUCCUGCUAGUGAGAGGUGCAACAUUGCCUGGGGCUUGGAGAGGUGUCCUCUACUACUUGAAACCUGACUGGCAGAAACUCCUGGCCACUGAGGUUUGGGUGGAUGCAGCAGCUCAGAUUUUUUUCUCCCUUGGUCCAGGUUUCGGGGUCCUAUUGGCUUAUGCCAGCUACAACAGAUUCCAUAACAACUGCUACCAAGAUGCUCUGGUUACCAGUACCGUGAACUGUGUGACCAGUUUUGUGUCUGGAUUCGUCAUUUUCACUGUGCUGGGAUACAUGGCCGAGAUGAGGAAUGAAGAUGUGUCAGAGGUUGCCAAAGACACUGGACCCAGCCUUCUCUUCAUUACGUAUGCCGAGGCCAUUGCAAACAUGCCUGCUUCCACUUUCUUUGCCAUCAUCUUUUUCCUGAUGUUACUCACGCUGGGACUGGACAGCACGUUUGCAGGACUAGAGGGAGUGAUCACUGGAGUACUGGAUGAAUUCCCGCACGUCUGGAGCAAACGCAGGGAAUUGUUUGUCCUUGGUCUGACCAUCGUUUGCUUUUUGGGGUCAUUAGCAACUCUGACAUUUGGAGGCGCGUAUGUGGUAAAGCUGUUUGAAGAAUACGCCACUGGUCCAGCUGUCCUAACAGUCGUGUUUCUGGAAGCAGUUGCUGUGGCCUGGUUCUACGGCAUCACCCAGUUCUGCAAUGAUGUGAAAGAAAUGCUGGGCUUUACCCCAGGCUGGUACUGGCGAGUUUGCUGGGUAGCAAUUAGUCCCAUCUUCCUUCUGUUCAUCACUUGCAGCUUUCUGUCCAACCCUCCUGAGUUACGGCUUUUUGAUUAUAAUUAUCCCUACUGGACCACAGUAGUGGGUUAUUGCAUAGGAACCUCUUCUAUCAUCUUCAUUCCAAUCUACAUGGUUUAUCGGUUGGUCACCACUCCAGGAACACUUAAGGAGCGUGUUCUGAAAAGCAUUACUCCAGAAACAGCCACAGAAAUUCCUUUUGGAGACAUCCGCAUGAAUGCAGUAUAAGCUAACCUGUUUUCUGGGGGGAGAGAAGGGGAGCAUAAAAUGUAACUUUCCCCAUACUCUCUCCCCCAAAGAAUCACGUUUCCAGCUGAGACAACAAAUGGAGGAUUUUUCUGUGGAGGCUGCAUCACUGACAACGGGCAUUUGG